AUGAAUUUUACCAACCCGUCUCAGCUGUCUCUGUUUUCGUCAUCUUCUCCUAAUACCAAUAAUAGUGAUAAUAAUAAUAAUAACAAUACAAUGUUACUUCAGGAGGUGGAGAAGAAGAGCAAAAAGAAACAGCAGCAAGAAACAACGGGAAGGUUUCUUGGUGUUCGACGGAGGCCGUGGGGGAGAUACGCAGCAGAAAUAAGGGACCCUUCUACCAAGGAAAGGCACUGGUUGGGUACCUUCGAUACCGCAGAAGAGGCAGCCUUGGCCUACGACAGAGCCGCCCGUUCCAUGCGGGGCUCACGCGCUCGCACCAACUUCGUCUACUCUGACAUGCCACCUGGCUCUUCUAUCACCUCCAUCAUCUCCCCCCACGAAGCAGCAGCCCAGCACCACCUCCUCUCCACACUCUUCGCCCCUUCGCCAUACAACAAGAACGACCCCACCACGCACCAACUCUUCUUCGAUCAGGACUUCUCCUCCUCCUCCUCCUCUGCCACGGCUGUCGUCGGAGUCGGGGGCAGUGGUAUUACGGGUGCGCCGGCUGAUCAGUACUCCCCCCAUGACUCCCACCCUUACCAUCUCUACGAUAGCACGGACCUUCCUCCCUUGCCUUCUCAGGUUUUGAACAAUUCGAAUUAUUUCGGUUCCUCCAAUUCCGUUAACCUACCAGUACUUGUUUCAGGUUAUGAGAUGGGACAGCAGGGGAAUUGGUCCUCCGAUUCAACUUCAACAGGUUUCUUUGGGUUCACAGAUACACAACAGCAAGAAGAAGUAGUGAAUAGUAAUAAUGGGUUUGAGUCGGUGGGGGUGGGGAGUUGUGAUCAGACGUCGUCGUCGUCGUCGUCGUGCUUUGGUUUUGAGUCAGGAGAGCUGGUUCGUGACAGCCCAGUCUUGGGGUUUGGGAGGAUGCCACCACCUGUUUGUGUUUCUGCUGAUACAGAUACAGUGCCCCCAUCCGUCGUUACACAUGAUCAUAGUUUCGAUUUGGGUGGUUCCUCUUCUUAUUUCUUCUUCUGA